AUGACAAGAAGAACUAAAUCUCCCUAUUCGUCCAUCACGACGGUGUUGUACGAGUGCUGCCCCGGCUACAUGAAGCUGGACAACAUGCGCGGCUGUCCUGCAGUGGCGCCCAUCGACCACGUUUAUGGCACCCUGGGUCUGGUGAGGGCCAGCUCCACGCAGACCUACGCUGACACUUCCAAACUGCGGCCUGAGAUCGAGGGGCCCGGAUCCUUCACCUUCUUCGCCCCCAGCAACGACGCCUGGGAGCUCCUGGAAGAUGACGUGAAGAAUAACUUGGUGAACAACGUGAACAUCGAGCUGUACAACGCCCUGCACUACCACAUGGCCAACAAGCGCUUCCUGACCAAGGACCUGAAGAACGGCAUGACCAUCACCUCCAUGUACCAGGACCUGGACCUCCACAUCAACCACUAUCCCAACGGGGUGGUGACGGUGAACUGUGCCAGGAUCAUCCACGGGAACCAGGUGGCCACCAACGGAGUGGUGCAUGUGAUCGACAGAGUGAUCCGAGCCACAGGGCAGCACCAUCCAGUCCUACGUAGAGGUGGACGAUGA